CAACCGUUCAUAGAAGAACGUCUUGCCAGGCGCAUGCGCAAACCGGUGAAGCGAAUCAACGGUGACUUGCUAGGUUCUCGCAGCGUUCAGUCAACAUUGAAUUGUGCCUUUAGCGGACCGUCGUUCACAGUUAUUGUUUAAACCGUGAGUCGUUGCUACCGAGCGGGACUAACGUGACCGAGGCGUGAAGGAAUAUGCCCAAAAAUAAAGGUAAAGGAGGAAAGAACCGGCGACGUGGAAAGAAUGAGAAUGAGUCCGAGAAGAGAGAGCUGGUGUUCAAAGAGGAUGGACAGGAAUAUGCUCAGGUGAUUAAAAUGCUGGGGAACGGGCGUCUGGAGGCCAUGUGCUUUGAUGGAACCAAGCGGCUUUGCCAUAUCAGAGGAAAACUCCGGAAAAAGGUUUGGAUUAACACGUCGGACAUCAUCCUGGUCGGACUGAGAGAUUACCAGGACAACAAAGCUGAUGUCAUCCUAAAGUACAACGCAGACGAGGCUCGCAGUUUGAAGGCGUACGGAGAGCUGCCGGAGCACGCCAAAAUCAACGAGACGGACACCUUCGGGCCCGGAGAUGACGACGAGAUCCAGUUUGAUGACAUUGGCGACGAUGAUGAGGACAUUGAUGACAUCUAAAGACCGCAGAUCCACAGCUACAGGAGGGGGAAGGUGGGAUUUUACUAGAGAUGCUCCAAUUGGAAUAUUUUGAGCCAAUACACCGCACCGAUUAUGAUUUCUUUUUUUUUUUUUAAUUACCAUUAAGAUCAGCCUAUGCCAAUCCAAUACAGUUUAUUAUUAAUAUACAGUAUAUUUCAAUUCCAGUAAACGUCUUUGUUUGUUUUUUUGAGAACUUUAAGUGCAUUUUACGUAGAGGGGUAAAGAAACACCAGUACUUUAUAGUUUAUUGUUGACAUGAAUGAAUAUGAGAUGCUGCUUUAGUACGACUGUCUUGAGUUAUGACGUAGCGGCUGCAGGGCGCUGGAGCAGGGUGCUGGAGCAGGGCGCUAGAGCAGGGCGCUGGAGCAGGGCGCUGCAGCCGGCUGCCUGGAGACUGAAUGAUGACGUAGACCGCUUUCUCUGCCUUCAUGCGUUGGAUUGGAGAAUUUUUAGGCUGAUCACCCGCAUCAUAUGUUAGGGUGACUAUCCAAAGCAUUGCUAGAUUUUCACAUUUCACAACGAAAUUCACAAGUUAUUCUUUUAUUUUUAUUUUUUUUAAUGUCCUGUAUUGUCUGAAAACACUUAGAGGAGGCUCGCGCCGAUACCACGACUGCAGAACAUCUGGCACUAAAGGCGUCAUCUUUUUAAAAAUAAAUAAAUGUAUUUAUAUCGAUUUCACACUAUGUGGAAUUUAGCAGCAAAGUGCAGAAUCUCUGGAUUCGUCAAUAAUAAAAACAAAAAUAUAAACCAUUUUGUGUUUUCCUUUUGGCGGUCUGUAUCAUUGUAGCCUGGGAGACAGUUUAUACAGUUUUAAGGCAGUUUGAUAGCUGUUUAUAAAAGGACAAAAAAGAGAGAUAACACAUGUCUCUGCAUCUCUUUGUUUACGUCGUAUUCCACUGACAUCGUAUUACAAUGAACUAUAUGCUCGUUUUUGGAUUGAACCAUGGCCUGAAUGGAGUCAAUCUUACUCUCCUCUUGGAUUUAAAAAAAAGAAUCAAAAUGUAUUUUUCUAUUGUUUUCCCUCAUUUGUGUUUUCUGUGCGUUUGUUUCCGUGUUUUUAUUUUUUUGGAGGGAUUCUUCGCUGCUCGCUCGCUCUGUGGCUGCAGCACACGUCACGGCGUCUCCAGACCGGCGGUUCCCAAACCUUUCCUCCGCCAACACAACCUCAGUCGCU